ACAUCGUCUUCCAAGAUAUUCUUGUGGAAGAACUGGGUGCAGACGACUGAAUGUUAGAGAAAAGAUUCUAGCGUCUGUUUAAGUGAGGGAUUUGAUUCUUUGCUGAGUUUAAUCUCAGCUAGAAGGACGGCUGGAGCCUUACUUGCUGGCCGUUCGGACAUUUUAAUUCCCUGUACAUGAUUUUGUGUUGCUCAGGUGCCAGUCCCUUGGCUGGCACUGCCAACCUCUUUCACACCAGUAGAGUACCGAGUUCGUCCCGUAGAAAUAAGGCCAUGUCUACAUGGCUGCUUCUCUUCAUCUCUGUCAUCGCUUUAGGGACCCUUUCUCAAGGCGUUAGCGCACAAAGAGCAAGAGGUGAUGUCGAUCCCAAACGAUGUGGAGCUGGAUGCCAAACUGGAGGAAACUGCAGAUGUAUAGGAGAAAAAGGCUCCAGGGGUGCACCGGGAGCCAUUGGACCAUCUGGUCCCCAGGGUAACCAAGGCUUCCCUGGACCCGAAGGCCUUCCUGGUCCCAAGGGAAUGAAAGGCGACAUUGGCCCCAACGGCCCACUUGGAGAAAAGGGAGCCCGGGGAAAGAUGGGGUCACCUGGUUUCUCUGGCAUCAACGGUAUUCCUGGUUUUCCUGGCCCACCCGGACCUCGUGGUGCUUCUGGUCUAGAUGGUUGCAAUGGAACUCAGGGAGAUCCUGGCUCUCCUGGUCUGCCUGGUCUUCCCGGAGAGGCUGGUACCUCUGGUCUGGACGGUCUUCCUGGUAUUAAGGGAGAACCAUCACCUGUCGGAGUCACCCUCCCAGGACAGAAGGGAGAGCCUGGAGCAGAUGGCCUACCUGGGUUGCCUGGAAGUCACGGAAGAGAUGGACCCAUUGGCCCCAAGGGAGAACCUGGCUUGUCAGGACCGCCUGGUCCAUUUGGAGAACGAGGACAACCUGGCGAGAAAGGUAACAUGGGUUUGGGCACACAUGGAGAGAAGGGACAGAAAGGCUCGCUUGGACCCCCUGGCAACCCUGGACCCCCAGGUGGUUUAGGAGCUCUCACCAACCCCCCAGGCCAAAUCCAGGGACCGAAGGGACUAAAGGGAAUGCUAGGAAAUGAGGGCAUGAAGGGUGAACCUGGUCUGCCUGGCAUGAAGGGACCCUCUGGUUUUCAGGGCCUACCUGGUCCACCAGGAAUGUUUGGCGAGAAGGGUGUACCUGGCAUUGCUGGUCCUCGUGGUAAACAAGGUUAUCCUGGUGUUCCUGGGCAACCUGGACAAAAGGGUGAUCGAGGUAUGGAUGGUCUUCCUGGUCUGCCUGGCCUGCCUGGAAUGAAGGGAGAUCGUGGUCUGGGUGGUAUUGAUGGUCUUCGUGGUCAGAGAGGUCCCCCUGGUCCUGCUGGAGGACCUGGAGGAGAUGGUCCACCGGGUCCAGUUGGACCUGCUGGUCAACGUGGUCUGCCUGGUGAUCCAGGACUGCCUGGCCUCCCUGGACCACAAGGUUUGCGUGGUAAUGAUGGUCCUUCCGGUGGCCCUGGAAUCCCUGGCGUGCCUGGUACACAAGGUCUUGAUGGUCCCAAAGGAGACAGGGGAGACUCUGGAGUUUCAGGUAUUACUGGUCUGGAUGGUCGCCCUGGUGCUCCUGGCCUGCCUGGACAGAAGGGAGAGCCUGGUUUUCCUGGUGAAUCUGGAGGAAGUAUUCCUGGAGUCCGGGGACCAUCUGGCUUGCCUGGUCUGGAUGGUAUUCCUGGUGGCAAGGGAGAGAGAGGUGCUAAAGGUCUGCCUGGCCCACCUGGAAAUUCUACCAAGGGUUUGCCUGGCCCCUCCGGUCCCAAGGGAGAGAAGGGUCAGGGAGGUUUCUCUGGUUUGCCUGGUCGUGAUGGUCUUCCUGGUCUUCCUGGAGAUAAGGGUGAUCGUGGUGGUUCCUGCAGCCUGUGUCAGAAUGGUCUUAAGGGAGAGAAGGGUCUGUCUGGUCUAGAUGGUCUGUCUGGUCAACCUGGUAUACCAGGAGAUUCAGGACCACUUGGAACCAAAGGAGAGCCUGGAGAGGAUGGUCCUCCAGGUCUGUCUGGCCUACCUGGUCUCAGGGGUGAGGAUGGUCUACCUGGCCUGCCUGGUAUUCAAGGUAUAAAGGGAAAUGAUGCAAGGGCAGAGGUCAUCCCUGGCCCUGAGGGUUUCAAGGGUGAGCGUGGUGAUGUUGGUCUUCCUGGUGAGUCUGGUCGCCGAGGUCUGCCUGGUCCUCAGGGACCCCCUGGGGCUUCCGGUCUACCUGGAAUCAAGGGAGAGAGGGGAAUGAAAGGUCUUCCUGGUUUAGAUGGUCGCCCUGGCAACUCGGGAGAGCCUGGUAUUCCUGGCUCAAGAGGACAGCCUGGAAUUGGCCUGCCUGGCUUCCGUGGUGACCGUGGUGACCCAGGAGUGUCUGGUCUGCCUGGUCUUCCUGGUAUGGAAGGACAGAAGGGAGAACCAGGAAUACUUCCCAGUAACAUCAGGGACACAUUGAAGGGCGAAGCUGGACAACCAGGUCUGCCUGGUCCGUCAGGUAUUCCUGGCAUGCCAGGAUUGCCAGGACAGAAGGGAAAUCCAGGUUUGCCUGGUAACUCUGGUGUGGAUGGCCUACCUGGAUUUAAGGGAGAAGGUGGUCUGCCUGGUCUGCCUGGAUUGUCUGGUCCAAGAGGUCUGCCUGGUCCCCGUGGUGACAAGGGAGAGCCAGGAUUGCCAGGAUUGCCUGGAGCAAAUGGUCUGAAGGGAGAUGGUGGUCUACCUGGUUUGCCAGGCAUUUCAGGUUUGAAGGGAGAGCCUGGCUUUCCUGGAGAAGCAAUGGUAGGACCCAAGGGAGAACCUGGUCUGCGUGGUCUCCCUGGAGAAGGAGGAAUUGUUGGCUAUGCUGGCCCAGAGGGUUUGCGUGGUAGUCCUGGCUUGCCUGGUCUCAAGGGGGAACCCGGCCAGCCUGGUUUGCCUGGUCUUGAUGGUCUUCCUGGAGUGAAGGGGGAGUCUGGACGGGAUGGACAAUCUGGCUUCCCUGGAAACGAUGGACCGGAGGGUCUGCCUGGACUUCCUGGUGAGCCUGGCAGUAAGGGUGACUCUGGUUUGCCUGGCCUCCCUGGACUCUCAGGGCCAAAGGGUGAGAGUGGUCUUCCCGGACCUGCUGGACAAUCCGGCCUUCCUGGACUUAAUGGCGUCAGAGGACAACCUGGACAACCUGGUCAAGAUGGUUUGCCUGGACUGCCAGGUGUGAAGGGUGAUUCUGGACUGAUGGGUUUCCCCGGUGAACCUGGACGUGAGGGACUUCCUGGUCUUCAGGGUUUGGCUGGGAUCAAGGGAGAACCUGGUGCAGCUGGCUACCCUGGAGAAAUUGGUCGUGAGGGCAUUAGAGGACCUAAGGGCAACGGUGGUCUGCCUGGUCUGCCUGGUCUGAAGGGAGACGCUGGUGAGGCAGCACUGCCUGGACUUCCUGGUGACCGGGGUGAAGAUGGUCUACCUGGAUUAUCUGGCGAACGUGGACAGGAUGGUCUGCCUGGUCUGUCUGGAGAAAAGGGAAACCCCGGCGAGCCUGGUAUCGGCCUGCCUGGCAGAGACGGUGAGCCCGGUGUGUCUGGCCGUGACGGAGAACCUGGACUCCCUGGUCUGUCAGGACCAAAGGGAAAUCCUGGACCUGUAGGCUUCCCUGGCCUCAAGGGAGAGAGGGGACAGCCUGGUCUUGAUGGUCGCUCUGGCCAGCCUGGAAGAGAUGGUCUGUCUGGAAUGAAAGGAAACUCUGGUCUUCCCGGCCUGCCUGGAGCUCCUGGUAACAAGGGAGAGUCUGGUCUGCCUGGCCUGCCAGGAACUUCUGGCCUCAAGGGUGAUGGGGGUCUUGAUGGGCGGCCUGGCCUGCCUGGUUUGCCUGGUCCUAAGGGAGAGAGGGGAUUCAAUGGACGGGAUGGAGAGCCAGGUCUUCCUGGACUUAAGGGAGAUGUCGGUGACUCUGGUCUGCCUGGUCUCCCAGGUUUGUCUGGAGCUAAAGGAUCACCUGGUCUGUCUGGUCUGCCCGGAGCCCCGGGAGACAAGGGUGAGUCCGGAUUCCCCGGUCUGGACGGACUUCCCGGUCAGUCUGGACAACCAGGAGAGAGAGGUUUGGAUGGCCCGGCCGGCCCUCCUGGUCUUCCUGGACGCUCCACACAGGGUCUGAAGGGAGAGCCUGGACGUUUGGGAGGACCUGGCAAUGAUGGACGACCAGGACUCAAGGGAGAUCCAGGUAUGCCUGGACUGGAUGGUCUGCCUGGUGUGAAGGGAGAUCCAGGACAAUCCACCGACGGUCUUCCUGGACUUAAGGGAGAGUCUGGACUACCUGGACGAUCUGGUCUGCCUGGAGAUCGUGGUCAGUCUGGAAGUGAUGGUCUGCCUGGUUUACCUGGCCUCAAGGGCGACCGUGGACAAUCUGGAUUCCCCGGAGAGCAAGGACGUGAUGGACUUCCUGGUCUUUCUGGAUCCAAGGGUAACUCUGGCUUGCCUGGACUCCCUGGCAUCUCCGGUCAGAAGGGAGACGGUGGUCUUCCUGGUCUUCCUGGACUCCUGGGACCAAAGGGAGAGGGUGGUCUGCCUGGUCUGUCUGGUCUGGAUGGAGCACCUGGUCAGCCUGGUGGCUUUGGUUUGAAGGGAGAGCCUGGUUUGCCCGGUGUUGUGAAUUACGAACAACUUCCUAAAGGAGAUCGAGGAUACAAGGGAGACCCUGGUCUUAAUGGUCUGCCAGGUCUGUCCGGACCCAAGGGAGAACCAGGACGCCCUGGAUCUCCUGGUAUUCCUGGUGAGCCUGGUCCAAGUGGUCUGCCUGGAUUCAAGGGAGAACGUGGUAACUCUGGUCUGCGAGGUCUGGAUGGUCUGCCCGGUACUGCAGGAACACCAGGUCAGCGUGGUCCAUCUGGCCAGCCUGGUGACCGGGGUCUGCCCGGCCGCUCCCCACCCACCGGCUUCCUCCUGGUGCGCCACUCCCAGUCCCAGGAAGUACCCAGCUGCCCACGUGGUCAAGCCCAGAUGUGGGAUGGUUACAGCUUGCUCUACAUUGAAGGAAAUGAAAAGUCACACCACCAAGACUUAGGAUGGGCCGGAUCCUGCAUGCCUCGUUUCAGCACCAUGCCUUUCUUGUUCUGCAACGUAGAUAACGUUUGCAACUACGCCAGCAGAAAUGACAGGUCCUACUGGCUCUCAACAACUGCCCCUAUUCCCAUGAUGCCUGUAGCUGAGGGAGAAAUCCGUCCAUAUAUCAGUCGCUGUGUUGUGUGCGAUGCUCCCGCUAAUGUGAUCGCCGUCCACAGUCAAACGCUUCAGAUACCAGAUUGUCCAAAUGGAUGGAAUGGCCUCUGGAUAGGUUACAGUUUUGCCAUGCACACAGCAGCUGGUCCUGGCGGCGGUGGCCAGUCUCUCUCCAGCCCUGGCAGUUGCCUUGAAGACUUCCGAGCCACUCCAUUCAUCGAAUGUAACGGUGCUCGUGGCACUUGUCAUUACUUUGCUAAUAAAUACAGCUUCUGGCUCACUACUAUAGAAUUAAAUGAACAAUUUAGUUCACCACGUUCACAAACACUUAAAGCAGGAAACCUCCGGACUAGAGUUAGUAGGUGUCAAGUUUGCAUCAAAAAUGUGUGAGAUGGUCAUAAUAUGGUCUCUUGUUCAUAGUAUUGUAAAACAUGUAGGCGAUAUUGAUGAGUCAAGAAAAGGGAAAUUUUGUCUUUUGUCCUAAAGGCAUGAAAAAUGUGAUGUUUUUGUUUGUACUAUUAUGGAAGUCAAUUUUGAUGUCUAUAAUUUUAUAACUGACUACCAGGGCAAGCCAACUCGUGCCUUAUAACUGAUUCAAUGGUGCUAUGUUUUCUGCGGCGAAGACGUGAGAGUUUCAUGCUCAAGUUUACUCUAUUUUCUAUUAUCGCAUAAGAAACCUAUUUACGUCCGGGAUUGCCUGAAUAACUCUUUACUUGACAAGGCACAGACUUAGUGUAAGAGAGAUUGGACAGGAAAGCAGUGCAAAGCACCGAAGGAUGAGAAAAUCUUUAACUGUACAAUAACAACAUUACUGAUGCUCAAACUAUCUGAAGGUACUCAACUGGUUGGUCAGAAACUAGCAAUACUGAUGUGCUUUGUCAAGUAAAGAGGUCCUAUGAUCCCAGCAACUGUGAUUAUAAAAUAUGUCACUGCCAUCAAUCAUAACUUAAUGUAUUUCUGGAUUAUAGUUCCCCGUUUGCAGCAUUCUUGUGAUGUAUUGUCAAUACAGCCAAAUAAUAGUCAUGCAUUUUAUACCCUACUGAUGCCUUUUAAAUGAAAUCCGGCCAAACUGUUUUUCAGUGUUUUCUUUUAAAAACAAAUUUGUCAAUUGUUUUCAUUGUCUGAAAAAUUGAAAGCCCCUGUGAAGAUGAGUUUUGUUAGAUACCUCGGAUCACAAAAUUCCAUCUGACAGGCUUCUGUCCUCUUCGGAAGCAUUCUUCUGGCAUAGAAUACUCAUGUAUAUAGAUGACGUUUGUAUGCUGGUCUUGUAUGGUCGUUUCUAUUGUAUAGUACAGAUUUGACACUCUUGUCUCUUUCUCUCCUAGUCAUAGUGUUUCGUAAGUGCCAAAUUUCUACCAUCACAACCUCUCUGCUCUAGUAGUUCUUCUAGAGGUAAUAGGCAUAAUGUGCAAUGUUCUGAAAUCAACAAUUGAUGAAUAUAUGAACAAACAUUUGAUAAGAACAAUAAAGUCUUUUACACAAAUA